ACUCAGUUGACGUGAGAUAGCGAUGGGAAGUGGUUCUGACAUUGUGUACUCACAAGUUUUUUUUUUAUUGUGAGGUUAGUUCUUGACAAACUUUAUUCGGAAACGAAUUAAAUCUGCGCGUUUUUGACGUCACCCACUUUUUUUGUCAUUGUAAAAACAGACAAGAUCCCCGGCUCCAAGUCUUCAUAUCUGCGUUCUUUACGCUUCCUCUGCAAAUUUUCUUUUUCCUCUCAUAAGAUUUUCACUAAUCGCUCUCUAUCAGGUAUAUUGCUUUGACUGAUUUCUUUCCUUCCAAUCAUCAUUUAAAAUUUGAUUUUAAAUUUUCUUUUAAAAAAAAACGUGUUUUAGAUAGGGACUAAGGCUCAAAUAUUUUCCAUACCCGGAACUCGUGCGUUAAAAAUACCUUCCGUUUCCUAGAUCGCGUAUUAAAAGCUACUCCAUUCAAAAUGACCGAGGCAAGUACCGUGUUCACGAUGGAGAAAAUCAAACAACUCGCCAGCAAGAAUCGGACAAUUUUUGUAAUUAACAAUGAAGUCUAUGAUGUGAGUAAAUUUUUGGACGAGCAUCCUGGUGGUGAAGAGGUGUUGCAGGAGCAUGCUGGCAAGGAUGCCUCUGAAACUUAUGAAGAUGUCGGCCAUUCCUCUGACGCUCGUGAAAUGAUGGUCAAGUUCAAAAUUGGAGAACUCUGCGAGAGUGACAAGAAAGCUCUACAAAGCAAAAAGGACAAAAAUAAAGCCUCAGCCACAACAAGCAUCAGUGACAACUUCAGCACGUAUAAAUCAGGGAUCAUCUCUGUUGUUGUUGCUUUCAUAGUAACUUACAUCUAUUCAUUCUACAUUUGAACUCAUAUGAUUAUAUUACAUCAUUAUGACCUCGUGACUUUUACAUCUAUGUUUUUUUUUUUUUUACUUUGGCUAUAUCUACUGUGACUCUUUUUGUUAAAUACAUUUGUUUCAUUUAAUACGUUUA